AUGGGUGUCUGUUUUCUUCUGUUAAUCGUAGGGGUUUGCUGGGCACAGUACAACCCCAACACUCGCCCCGGGAGGACGUCCAUUGUGCACCUCUUUGAAUGGCGCUGGGCCGAUAUUGCUCUUGAGUGUGAACGCUAUUUAGCUCCUAAUGGAUUUGCAGGAGUUCAGGUUUCACCUCCAAAUGAAAAUGUGAUCAUUACUGACCCCCGGCAACCCUGGUGGGAAAGAUACCAGCCCGUCAGCUACAAGCUGUGCACACGAUCUGGAAAUGAAACUGAAUUUAGAGACAUGGUGACCAGGUGCAACAAAGUUGGCGUACAUAUUUAUGUGGAUGCAGUAAUCAACCAUAUGUGCGGCGCUAGCGCUGGUGCUGGCAACCAUGCUACGUGUGGAAGCUAUUUCAAUGCAAAGACUGAAGAUUUUCCAGCUGUGCCAUAUUCUGGCUGGGACUUUAAUGAUGGUAAAUGUAAAUCUAGAAGUGGAGAUAUUGAGAAUUAUCAUGAUAUAUCUCAGGUCCGGGACUGCCGCUUGGUUAGCCUUCUUGACCUGGCCCUGGAGAAGGACUAUGUACGCUCAAAAGUUGCUGAGUACAUGAACCACCUCAUUGACAUUGGCGUAGCAGGCUUCCGGAUUGAUGCCGCCAAGCAUAUGUGGCCUGGGGAUGUGAAGGCGAUCUUAGACAAGCUGAAAGACCUAAAUACUAACUGGUUUCCUGCAGGAACUAAACCUUUCAUUUACCAGGAGGUAAUCGACUUGGGCGGAGAGCCGAUCAAAGGCAGUGACUACUUUGGAAACGGCCGAGUGACAGAAUUCAAAUACGGUGCAAAGCUGGGGACAGUGAUCCGCAAGUGGAACGGAGAAAAGAUGGCCUACUUAAGGAACUGGGGAGAAGGCUGGGGCUUUGUGCCUUCCGACAGAGCCCUGGUCUUUGUGGAUAAUCACGACAACCAGCGCGGGCACGGGGCCGGAGGAGCUUCCAUUCUGACCUUCUGGGACCCCAGGCCUUAUAAAAUGGCAGUUGGCUUCAUGCUUGCUCAUCCGUAUGGGUUCGCACGUGUGAUGUCGAGUUUUCGCUGGCCAAGAUAUUUUGUGAAUGGACGGGACGUCAAUGACUGGAUGGGCCCGCCAAGUAACUCGGAUGGCUCAACGAAGCCCGUUACGCUCAAUGCAGACACCACAUGUGGCAACAACUGGGUCUGUGAACACCGCUGGCGUCAAAUAAAGAACAUGGUUAUCUUCCGUAACGUGGUGGACGGUCAGCCGUUCUCCAACUGGUGGGACAACGGCAGCAAUCAAGUGGCUUUUGGCCGUGGGAAUAAAGGCUUCAUCGUUUUCAAUAAUGAUGACUGGUCUUUGAAUGAAACGCUGCAGACUGGGCUCCCUGCUGGCACUUACUGCGACGUCGUUUCUGGGCAAAAGGAAGGUGACCGCUGUACCGCAGUUGAAGUUCAUGUUACUGCUGAUGGCGUGGCUGAUUUCCUCAUUAGUAGCGAGGAUGAAGACCCGUUUGUCGCAAUUCACGUUGAUGCUAAAUUGUAACUAGCUCUGUUGUGCACGUGGUGUUUCUUCUCUUCUGUGUUUUUGCUAGUCGAGUACAAGGCGGUCUGAUUGUCCUGCCGCGCCAGCACCGAAUGAACCACGGUAAAGCAAAAUGUAGUAGCUUAUAUUAAUGAAAUACCAAGCAGCUGCUCUACAGAGAGAGGAGCCAGUGGUGCUAGUGCAGAUCUGGAAGAGGCGAUAUGCGCCUCUUUGCCUUUGUAAUUGGGCUUUAUUCAGUUAAAGUACUAAAAAAAAAAAAAAAAAGAAAAUUGAAAUGGCUUAAUUAUGUAUUGUGCAUAAGUAGAAAUGUAGUUCUUUUUCUGGGGAAGCUGGGCUGGGAAUUAACAGCAUGUCCAAAAAUCAAGGGGAGCCACCUUUGGGCUGAAACGUGGCGCAAUUCAAGUUGACGCCAAGUCAUAACACAGGAGAAAAUGUGUUUCUCCCAUUGGUCUGUACAUUUACUGUUUCCCCCAUAUGUGAUUCCCUGGUGUUCGAGCAUGAGUGAUUCUCUGUAUCUAGCGAAUAAUAAAUGGCAAUCAAAUUGAA